AGGUCGAAUAGACUAUUUCUCGUUAUUUCCAAAUGACGGAAUAUCAAGUUUGGAUAAAUAUUGAAUAUUUGUUGACGUCUAUACCCUAAUUCUGAAUAUAUUUCAAUAUUUGAUGCCAUUGACAGAAAGAUAAAGUGCUAUUGUGUUCUACUAAUUGCAAAUACUUCUUGGCCUUGAACUUAAAGUUACGAAUUAGGAUCAAUGUCAGUUAUCGAAUAACAAAGUUUAUUAGCUAGAUUAAUUAGACAGAAAGCAGGUUUUAUUGUUAUCCUGAAUAAGACAUAAAUGAAUAAUAUUUUUAUCAAGUGUCGAGAUUCUUUAUAUUUAUAAUAAAUCCACUUUACAUGUCGCUAUGAUGUUAACAUUUUAGUCUUAUUGUUUUUUGAAUUUUUCUUAUGCUUUAUUAUUUGAAUGCAAAGUAUAAUAAUAAAUAAUUUGUAUUAUUAUUUGUAAUAAAUAUUGGUAUAAUAACACAAGAUCGUUUAAUAUAUCAAUAUUAUAAUAAAUACGUGGUGUUAUUUGUGUUUGAUUAUUUUGUGGAAUUUUACAAUUAUUAAAUUUUUUAUGCAAUGUAAAAAAGUGAAUCAUUAAGAGAAUCAGUUGAGUAUCAAAAUGAUGAAGAAAGAGAAACCUAUGAUGUCAGUGACAGCUAUUAUUCAAGGUGCUCAGGCUCAGCACUGGACACGCAAUAAUUCUUGGUUAGGCUUGGAGAAUAGCAAUAUGUCUAUGUCUUCUGUUGGACCUCAAAGUCCCUUAGAUAUGAAACCAGACACUGCAAGUCUUCUGAAUUCUGGAAACUUCAGUCCCUCAGAACCAAAUAGUCCAAGCUCUGUUUCUGUUGGAUAUUACAACAGCCUACUGAGUACAUCACCAAGUGGACAAACUAAAACUGGAUCAAAUUCUCCUUAUCCACCGAAUCACCCAUUAUCUGGUAGUAAACACUUAUGCUCGAUUUGUGGUGAUCGUGCUAGUGGGAAACACUAUGGAGUUUACAGCUGUGAAGGAUGCAAAGGUUUCUUUAAACGCACUGUUAGAAAAGAUUUAUCUUACGCUUGUCGAGAAGAAAAAUCAUGUAUUAUUGACAAACGUCAACGAAAUCGUUGUCAAUAUUGUCGUUAUCAAAAAUGUUUGGCAAUGGGAAUGAAACGUGAAGCUGUACAAGAAGAACGUCAACGCACAAAAGAACGUGAUCAAGGUGAAGUGGAAAGCACUAGUAGUUUACAUGCUGAUAUGCCAGUUGAACGAAUUUUGGAGGCAGAAAAUAGAGUUGAAUGUAAAUUAGAAAAUCAAGGAAACUAUGAGAACAACCUUUCGAAUCUUCUGAAUGCAACCAAUAAACAAUUAUUCCAACUAGUAGAGUGGGCUAAACACAUCCCACAUUUUACAUCUCUUCCGUUGGAAGAUCAAGUCUUAUUACUCAGGGCUGGAUGGAAUGAGUUACUAAUUGCUGCAUUUGCACAUCGUUCGAUAGAUGUAACAGAUGGAAUUGUUCUUGCAACAGGUGCAACAGUGCAUCGGAAUUCUGCUCAACAAGCAGGUUUAGGGCCAAUUUUUGACCGUGUUCUAUCAGAACUUGUUACAAAAAUGCGAGACAUGAAAAUGGAUAAAACAGAAUUAGGAUGCCUUCGUGCUAUUAUUCUAUUCAAUUCAGAAGUACGUGGGUUAAAAUCAGUUCAAGAAGUUGAACUACUCCGUGAAAAAGUAUAUGCUGCAUUAGAAGAUUAUGUAAGAGUAACAAGACCACGUGAACCAGGCAGAUUUGCUAAGCUUUUGCUUCGUUUACCAUCAUUGCGAUCAAUUGGUCUCAAAUGUAUAGAUUAUCUGUUUUUCUAUAAACUUAUUACUAAUGUACCAAUUGAUUCUUUCCUCAUGGAAGUUUUAGAAUCUCCAUCAGAUUCUUAAAGAAGAGAGAUAUAUUGCAUACACAAACUCACUGGUAAAUAGAUAGUUAUUACAUUAAAGCAUGUUAAGAUAAGUUUAAUCAAUUCAUUUCGAAGAGGAUUUUGUAAAUGAUUGAGAACUUAUAAGUAUUAAAAAUUGUGUGGAUAGAGCUUUUAAAAAAGUUAAUAGAGUAAGAAAUAAUUAUUUGUUUUUAAAAAAAUUCAAAUCAAGCUGAUUUAAUUAUUUUUAGAU